AUGAAUUGUUUGCUCAAAUGUAGAAGAUAUUUCGACAGAACAGGUCGACAACACUACCGGUCCAUAAAGCCUCGCGGAAAGAAUGACACAAAAUUGGUUAGCACAAUCGUUGGGGGGAAGGAAAUGGAGUGUUUUUCUCUGCUAAAUAAGCCCCUCUUUCCUGGCCUUUCGUACGUGCUAAACGCGGAUAGAAACAUUGUGAAGAGCUUCGAAAAAUGCAAAAAAAAAAAUGCGCACAUAGGGCUUUUUCUUUCAAAAAAUGUGGAAGAUGAGCAAGUAGGAGGGUUCCUUAAUGACCCACAUUCUAUGAUGGAUGAUCCCAUCGGAGGAAAACCCCUUUUGAAGAAAGACAUAGCCUGCAUUAACAAUGUGGAGGAUGUGUACCACUGUGGAUCGGUAGGGGUUAUCCGUGAAGUUCUCUACAAUGAUGAUCAGCCCAAAAACGAAACGGAGGGAGGAAGGAACCCCGCGGAGGAGAUUCCCCACAGGAGUAGCUCAAUGGAGAGCACAGAAACAGUAGCCUGUAGGAAUGACUCCCAUUAUGGGAAGGAGCAAAGCGAAAGGAGGGGCCCCCUAUUGGACCAAUCCAAACACAUGCACCGAGUGGUCAUUGAAAUUGCAGAGAAGGUGAAAAUUGUAAAGUGGGUCAAGGGGAACACAGCCCAGGUAGACAUAAUUAAGCGGGAAAUUUGCAGCGCACGAAAUGGCAAACAAAUAAAAGCUUACCAAAUGGAGAUCAUAGACAGAAUAAAAGAAAUUAUACACUUAAACAGUGCAUGCAGUGUUGAAUAUAAUUUAUUGCUGAAAUAUUAUGACGUGAAAAAUGUAUACAGUUUGGUCAACCUGGUGGGCAGCAUAACCAUGGGAAAGAGUAGUUCCCUUCAGGCUCUGCUGGAAAAAAGGGAUAUAGAGGACCAACUAGCCACUUGUUUAGACCUACUAAAUGAAGAUAUUCUCUUGUUAAAAAUGAAGAAAGAAUUAUCUACAAAUUUGAAGAACAAAUUUAAUGAUGAGAAAGAGAAGCUAAUGGUAAGGGAGUGGAUUUCCAACUUGAAAAAAAAAAUAGGAGAAAAAACAGACCACGAAAUUUUAUGCGAUAAAUUUUUUGCGAAAUUUCAAUCGAAGAGGAUCCAUAUGGAUGAGGAAGCUUCUGCAACUAUCCUACGUGAAAUUAACAAAUUCUCCCUGUACAACGAACACUGCAAUGAUUAUGCGUCCACGUAUCAGUACCUCAACACCGUGUUGAGCAUCCCCUUUGGCAAGUAUGCCCCUGUAUGUGAAGAUAUAGGUGCAUGCGAAAGGACAUUAACACAAAGUCACUACGGAUUACACCAAGUGAAGAAAUACAUUCUGGAAUAUGUAGGAUUGUACAUACUAAACAAAAAUGUGAAGCCGAAAAUACUUACCCUUGUUGGUUAUCCAGGCAUUGGGAAAACCUCCAUCUGUAAGGCAAUCAGCUCAGCGUUACAACUACCCCACUACGUAAUUAACAUGAACAACAUAACUAACAUGAAUGAACUCAUUGGACAUAGAAGAACCUACGUGAAUAGCUACGAAGGGAAAAUCGUACAAGCUCUCAUCUCAACGGGUGUAAUGAACCCCUUAAUUGUCUUAGACGAAUUGGACAAAGUUUCCUUCUCAAAUGGGAAUAUAUAUACUACUCUUUUAAACCUUUUUGACAGUUCACAGAAUAAGGGGUAUAAAGACGUAUACGUAAAUUUUCCCAUUAAUCUGGAGAGAGCCUUUUUUGUUUGCACCGCCAACUCGGUUGAGCACAUCCCAGAGACUUUACUCGACCGAAUGGAAGUCGUAAAUGUGUAUCCCUACACGAAUGAGGAAAAGGUUGCUAUUUUUAAAAACUACUUGGAAAAAAAAAUUCAGGAAGAAACGAAAGUUACGGACGUGCAUCUGCACAUGUCCGAGGAACUACUCCUCUAUGUUAUCCAAAACUAUACCAACGAGAAUGGCAUACGGCAGUUUUACUCUAUUGUGUAUAAUGUCUACAAGAGGAGAGCCUUCAUGCUGCUGAAGGGGGUUACGGGGAAAGUUCAUUUGGGGGUCCACAAUUUGCACGUCUUUCAUGACUUUGUGAGUUUGGAUUGUUUCCGACAGCGGGGAGGUAUUCAAUCCAUUCCCUGCAGACAGGAGGGCAUGAUCAAGUCGCUUGCCUUCACGGAGGAUGGCGGACAGGUGGUCACCAUAGAGGUGGUUGGCCUCUCGGGGGGAAAUUCCCAGGUGGGGGGAUCCUCCAACCUGUACUGCACUGACGCGGUUAUGGAAAAUACCACACAGGGAGGGGAAAUCUUUCUCGUUUAUCCCAACUGCCGUAGGAACCAAUUUACCAUGGAAGACGAGAUGAUUAACCCACCAGCGUUGCUGCGAUCGACCCAAUUGGGGAAAACUGUCGCAGAAGAUACGUGUCGCUACGGAAUGGCCGCAGACCACACUUCGUCACAUAUGGUGGAGCCCCCCCUCAUUGACAAUGACAACCCCCCUUUUGCGAUAAACAAAACAGCGGAAGGUACCCAUAGGACCGAACCGUUCGAAAGAAAUCGCUCGUUGGAGGGAACUCGACCGUCAGAGCUAUAUCAAAAUUACCAAAUCGUUAUAACUGGAAACGUGGGGAAAAUCAUGCAAGAAAGCAUCCUCAUAGCGAAUACUUUUGCCACGCAUGUACUGAAGAAGGUAGUUCCCAAUUUUCAGGGUCAACACUUACACAUAAAUUUGAGCGAGUGUGAUGUGAAGAAAGAUGGGCCCAGUGCAGGUGUCAAUUUCGUUACGUCCAUUUUGUCCUACUAUUUAAAAAUGGCGAUAAGCAGUUCCGUGUGCAUGACUGGGGAGAUAACCCUUAACGGCCAUGUGGUAAAAAUUGGGGGGCUCGUCGAAAAAAUGAUCGUUGCUAGAAAUUUCGGAAUACGUACUUUAAUCAUUCCCAGGGACAAUGCGCAGGAGUACGAACUGCUCCCAAGUGCUGUGAAAGGGAACAUCCGCGUGCUGUAUGUCCACCACUAUUACCAGAUCUUUAAUUUCCUUUUCCCCAAGUUUGGCCCCUUAAUACCGUAG